UCAUAUUCUUAUUCCCUAGUACACUGGCAAAAUGUCGUCCGUCGAAGCAGGUCCACGACCCGUGCAAGUAUCUCCUUUAAUUAGAUUUAGUCGAUGGAGUUUUCUGCUAGUUGGAGUUCUUUAUGGAUCUUACCGUCAGGUAAAAUUAAGUAAAAAGGAGAAUGCUCGUCGUGAACAAGAACUUCGAGAGAAACCCAUAAGAGAUGCUGAUUUGUGA